CCAAAACUGAGAUAUCACAUGGCACACCACUUGAAAACGCUAACUUAUUCAUCAGUAUUUGGGUCAAAGAACAUCCGGGUAGAAUCUUUUACGUAGCUAUCCUGGGUUAGCUUUUACGCGGAGUGAACAUUUUAUGCAGUACCCGGCAAUUUUACCGCUCACACGCGUGUGUUUUUCCUUCGGAGACUAAUAUCAAUUCGGAUUGUCUUAAACCAUCAUGUUGUCUUGUUUGACAACAAUAUCGCAACGACAUGCUUGGCCUCCAAAUCAGGUUCAGCGAGUGACGUAUCGAUUCCUGUCAUCUAAGACUAAAGGUCCAUCCCGUGAGAAACUCCGUGCCAUUCCUUUCACGCAACACGUUGAAGCUGCCAACAGUAUUUUUAAAGAUUACCACGGCAGUGGAUUUUUUUCUGCUCGUGUCACCGACGCAGGAGCACCCCAAGAAAUAUUUUUACCGUUCUGGGUUAUUUCUUGCAGGGUCCAUGCUCAGAUAGUGCAAGCGCAAGUGGGCCACAAUGUCAUGAGGAAUGUGUAUAAUCCAGCCACAAAGCGUAAUGAAGUGCGAUAUGAUACACAGUGGACUUGGGUCUCGGAUCAGUACCGUUGGACACGGGAUUAUCUUCCAAUUGAGCACCCAGGAUUGCACAUAUAUGCCUCUCAUAAAUAUAGGCGUGGACUAGUGAAUUCCAUUCGCAGUGGACAAAGCUUACAGGAAGCUACUGCUUUUACACCACAGCUUUUCGAUCGACCUGCAUAUCCUGAUAUGAGCUCCGAUUAUCACGUCAACCGAACCGUCGACCCCUUCAACUUAUACCCAGCAACAGCCGUACGGUUCGCCAAAUCGUACAUUAUGUCGACUGAAGAAGACUACGCCGAUGCAUAUUUGAGAAAAGUGUACGCCGCCGAUCAAACACGCCUGGUGAAAGUCGAAGUCAAGCUCGAAAACGUGAAAUGUGCACCAGUGUAUUAUCCUGCGUACGUUUACACCGUCCAUUAUCUCGGUCGCAAUCUUCGUACAUUUAUAAACGGAAAUGAUUUGCGCGUCGGCGGUAUUCGCACAUACGAUUGGACGCGUGUUGCUGUAGUAUCUGCUGCUGGUAUGGCAACAGUCAUGACAAUGACAGGCGGUGUUGGUUGGGGUGGCAUUAGUGGAUCGUUCUGGAUCGGCGUUGUGCUACCGACUGUCAUGACUUCUAUGCUUGCCAUGUAUUUCCCUCUGAUCUCGCUGAGAUUCAGGGAUUGGAAGCGACAACAAGAGAUACAUUCUGCUGAACAGGAUCCACAUACAUGGGAUACAGAUUGGGUCGGUGCAUAUGAUGCAUUUGAGGACCAGCAGCGCUAUAAAACUUGGAAAUCCGAGAAUCAGUACUACCAACGACAAUCUAGGUUCUGGGGAGGAGGAGCAUCAUCGUCGUCAUCAUCAAGAUCAACGGAGGCAGAUAGCGAUCCUCAGGGCUAUUACCACACGUUGGGUGUCAGUCCCACUGCCACAACUGCGGAUAUCCAAUCAGCUUUUCGAGGACUUGCUAUGAGACAUCAUCCUGACAGGUAUUCUGAUCCUGAAGAAAAGAAGAAGGCGACCGCCCAAUUCCAGAAAAUUUCAGCUGCGUACAGUGUCCUUCGUGAUUCGCGGAAACGAAAAACUUAUGACAGCACAGGCCGAGUGUAGGAUUGACAUUCGGCACCUGAUGCCGAAUUGUAUGUCUUGUAUAUAAGUGAACUCCGCGUAAUAGACUUCAGAAAGCGUGCUUUUCUUCUUGUUUAACCUUCUUCAUCACUUCAAAUGGCUUCGAGUGGGGAAGAACUGAAUCCAAAAACAACUCGUUACGAGUUUCUCGGACCUGUGGGAGCCUUUGGUUUUGUCACAGCUUUGCCACUGCUCGUCUUGUUCUUUGCGAUCUGCUGCAAUGCUACCGGCUAUCCAUCGCAGUUUUUGUUGGCAGACCCAAAGGGUUACUUUUCGGAUUUGUUCUCGCUGGAAUUCGCGAAAACGCUCAUUGACCCUGUUGCCAUCCUCGUGUACCUUGGUUUUAUUACUAUUCUAGUAAUCUACGCUUUAGUUUUGGACGGUGACGUUGUUCCCGGUACCAAACUACGAAACGGUCAAAUUCUUAAAUACCGUAUGAACGGUAAGCG